GCACUUCCGUGACUUCGGGAGGGGAGGUCACAAAUCACAUUGAGCCAAAACGCAUACAGUGUUUUCUUCAGUUACAAAUAAAAUGAAUAUGCCCAUGCUGCUACCACAUCCUCACCAGCAUUUCCUAAAAGGCCUUUUAAGGGCAUCUUUCCGAUGUUACCACUUCAUCUUUCACUCAAGUACUCAUCUCGGAUCAGGAAUCCCAUGUGCUCAGCCGUUUAAUUCUCUUGGACUCCAUUGUACAAAGUGGAUGCUGCUGUCAAAUGGUUUAAAGAGAAAAUUAUGUGUACAAACAACCUUAAAGGACCACACAGAAGGACUUUCUGAUAAAGAGCAAAGAUUUGUGGAUAAACUUUAUAGUGGUUUAAUCCAAGGGCAAAGGGCCUGUUUAGCAGAGGCCAUAACUCUUGUAGAAUCAACUCACAGCAGGAAAAAGGAGUUAGCCCAGGUGCUUCUUCAGAAAGUAUUACUUUACCACAGAGAACAAGAACAAUCAAAUAGAGGAAAACCACUAGCAUUUCGAGUAGGGUUGUCUGGGCCCCCUGGUGCUGGAAAAUCAACAUUUAUAGAAUAUUUUGGAAAAAUGCUUACUGAGAGAGGGCACAAAUUAUCUGUGCUGGCUGUGGACCCUUCUUCUUGUACUAGUGGUGGAUCACUUUUAGGUGAUAAAACCCGAAUGACUGAGUUAUCAAGAGAUAUGAAUGCAUACAUCAGGCCAUCUCCUACUAGAGGAACUUUAGGAGGCGUGACAAGGACCACAAAUGAAGCUAUUCUGUUGUGUGAAGGAGCAGGAUAUGACAUAAUUCUUAUUGAAACCGUAGGUGUGGGUCAGUCGGAGUUUGCUGUUGCUGACAUGGUUGACAUGUUUGUUUUACUACUGCCACCAGCAGGAGGAGAUGAGUUGCAGGGUAUCAAAAGGGGUAUAAUCGAGAUGGCAGAUCUGGUAGCUGUAACUAAAUCUGAUGGAGACUUGAUUGUACCAGCUCGAAGGAUACAAGCGGAGUAUGUGAGUGCACUGAAAUUACUCCGCAAACGUUCACAAGUCUGGAAACCAAAGGUAAUUCGUAUUUCUGCCAGAAGUGGAGAGGGAAUCUCUGAAAUGUGGGAUAAAAUGAAAGAUUUCCAGAACCUAAUGCUUGCCAGUGGGGAACUGACUGCCAAACGACGGAAGCAACAGAAAGUUUGGAUGUGGAAUCUCAUUCAGGAAAGUGUGUUAGAGUAUUUCAGGACCCAUCCCACAGUCCGGGAACAGAUUCCACUUCUGGAACAAAAGGUUCUCACUGGGGCCCUGUCCCCAGGACUGGCAGCAGACUUCUUGUUAAAAGCUUUUAAAAGUGGAGAUUAUUAAAAUUCAUCCUGUAUAAUAAUUUUACAUAUCAUUUCAUAAAGUAUUUUAAUAGAAAAAUCACUUGUAUGCUUAUAUUUUCAGUAAUCAUUGCAUGGUGCUCUUGUCUUCUUUGUUUGUGACCCAUGCUUGAAAACUUGAAGGAAGUUAGAUAUGAAUGGCAAAAGUUAGGCAGUAUUUAUAAGGUACCUGUUGUAUGUUACUGAUUUCUGUUUCAUUCUCUUCUUAUACCCUGGCAUGGUGGCCUGUAGGGUAGUUUCUUCUUAUUAUUCAAGAACACAAAAAGCUAAGGAGAGCAGAAAAUAUCUUGUACUUUAAAAUGCUUACUUUGAUUCCGUGUUAUCUGAAUUUCCAGAGAAGAUGUAAACAAGAGUGACCAUAUUUUUAGAGUCUUUCUUGAAGCCAGAACGACACACAGUGGGUUGCUAAGAGCCGAAAAUCAUAAUUGACAUUUAGUGUACCAGAUUAUUCUAAGAAUUUCUGAAGUCACCAUGUACGUGAGUAAUGAAACAACUGGAAUAAUGUGAUGAUGUGAACACAGUUUUAAAGUCUGCUUGUCUGGAUUUGCAGGGAGCCUUCCCCCACCCCCCGACACGAUAGGUAAGAGAGCAAAAGGAAACUGGGAAAAUCAGCUACAGAUAAAAUGGGUAAUUAAUCCCCAGUUCUUGGACCCAUUAUAUUUGUAGCCAAUUGGAGUAAACCCCUAAAAGACGAAGUGAGGUCAGAAUGAUUCAAGGAUUAUUCAGUUUGAAGACUACCAAAGUCUUCUCUUCUUCCUUGGCCAUUUCACUUCAUUUUAGUAUUUUAAAAAUCUUUUUUCUUGAUGGUGAAUAAGUUUUGUCCUAUGGAGGAAGCAUAGCACAGUGAUUAAGAGCUUGGGCUCUGUAGUUGGACUAUGUGGGUUUAAACUUUUUUUUUUUUUUUUUUUUUUUUUGAGACGGAGUCUCGCUCUGUCGCCCAGGCUGGAGUGCAGUGGCGCGAUCUCGGCUCACUGCAAGCUCCGCCUCCCGGGUUCACGCCAUUCUCCUGCCUCAGCCUCCCGAGUAGCUGGGACUACAGGCGCCCACAACUGCGCCCGGCUAAUUUUUUGUAUUUUUAGUAGAGACGGGGUUUCACCGUGGUCUCGAUCUCCUGACCUUGUGAUCCGCCCGCCUCGGCCUCCCAAAGUGCUGGGAUUACAGGCGUGAGCCACCACGCCCGGCCAGUGGGUUUAAACUUUAACCCAGAUCAAUCAUAUAUUAGCUAUAUGAGCUAAUCUCUUUAAGCUUCCGUUUCCUCACUGGUAAAAUGAAAUUGGUGAAUAACUUUCUAAGGUUAGUGAAGAUUAAAUGAAAUAACGUGGGAGAAUUAUUUAACUGUCAUGAUGGUGUAUAGGAAAUACUCAAAGGCUGCUUACUAGCAUUAUUACAUUAAAGUUGUGGGUACCUGAAACUGUACAAACCUGAUGUAUAAUUUCAGUUUUCUCUCAUGGUCUUGUUACUACCAUCAUACUCUUGAUAUUUUAGGAUAUUUUAUGAUUAUCUUUGAAGAACCCUUUCUGGUUAAUUCUUUGAAUAUAUUUUAUACUUAUUUGAUGGUAGUUGUAACUAUGUAUGUUUGAAUAAAAUUUCUAACCAUAAAAUUUCUCCAUUGCACAAAAAGCCUUUAUAGAAGUUUCUGACAUGUUCUAUUCUGAACCCUGUAGAAUAUUUUAUGUAGUAUAGCAGCUUGCAUUGUUACUUACUGUACUGGUUCCUAUGUGGAAUCAAAUCUCUUGAGCAUUGUUUUAACAAACAUCCCUUUACAUUUUUUGGAAAGAUUUUUAGUACUCCAUUGGCAUAGCUAUUUCAUAAAAGGUUUAGGAGAAACUUUGAAAGGUUGUCCAGUUGACUUUUCUGAUUUUAGAAAGGACCACCAUGAAACUACCCUAUCAGACAAAAAACUGGUUUUUAGAAACCUGAGAUAAGGAAUUUUAUAAUUUCCCUGAGUAAGCUGUUACAGGGAAUAACAAAUCUAUUGCCAUAUGUGGCACAGUGUAAGUAAUGCUGGAGCACACAUACUGCAUUGUAAAGAAGGUAGGAAAGGUGGGGGGACUUCUGUUAGCUUUAAUUUUAAGGCUAAAGCAUUUCUUCUCAGUCUGAACUACUUUUAAAUGUUAUAAAUGUCAUCAUAAAAAUCAUUAGAAAACUC